AUGGACGCGAGGCCGUGCAACCGCAAGCCCCUGCAGCUCCAGCAUCAAGGCAAGACAACGACGAAGAAGAAGACGAAGACCGUGGCUCAGCAGAGCUCGAGUGCUAAGAAGAGCAGAACGAAAGCUGGCACGCGACGUUCUCGUCGGGACAGCAAUUGCAGCAGCAGUAGCAGCAGUGAUCGUCGUUAUAACGUCGAUAGUGCGAUCGAUCGACCGCCUGAUGUUGCUACAGUAGCUUCGAGUUCAUUGGCUCACGGUCUGCUACCGUCUCGUGUGGAUUAUCGAGGGCUUCAUUCGCGUCUCUGUUGGAUCUUGGACGGAGCCAAUGUGCCAGCAUUUGCGAUGGACGCGACGGGCCGCAUUACGUUCUGGAACCAGCAGCUGACGCAUCUUUCGGGACUCUUGGCCGCUGACGUCAUUGGCCACUAUGUAACAGAGCUCGUCACUGUUUCAUAUACUGAUGAAGUGGCGCGACGACUUGAUGAAGCUCUGGCCAACGUGAACGUGACCGUUCGGAACGUGGAACUAGAGAUGGGCAGCGUGAAGCUGUUGCUGAACUUGACAGUCGACGUGGACGAUGAUAAAGUGGCAAGUGUCGUGGCGAUUGGACAAGACGUUACGAGGCAAGAGCCACGUAAUGUUCGAGGCGCUUACCAAGUGGAUACAAUGAUUUUCGAGGUGGAUCGGGACGGUCGGAUUGUUGGCUGGCACAGAAUGGCAGAGAUUUUCACGGGUUAUGCAAUGGACCAGGUUCUAGGCGUUUCGCUUGUUGAGUUGGUGCAUGCAGACGAUCUUGUAGUCCUGAGCGAUGCUUUGGCGCGUGUUGCAUCGACCAACACGUCGAUGCCAGAGAUCGACGUGUCGUUGAAGACGGCGAAUGGUGCGUACGUUGAGUUGUUGCUAAGUCUGACGCCGCAGAUCAGUUGUGAUGGAGGUACUGCAGGUGUUGAUCGCAUUGUCGCGUCUGGUCAGAAUGUGACGGCACACAAUGCGAGUGAAAGGGAGUACAGCAAGCUCGUGGAUUUGGCCAAUGCACCAAUCUUUGGUGUCGAUGCAAAGGGAUGCGUUGUGAUGUUUAACAAGAAAGCUGCACAAAUAAGCGAGUACUCACCAGGCGAGGUUGUGGGUGUCAACUUGGUGUCGUUCUUGGUCCAUGACGACCAUCGUGAGAAGGUGGCAGGAGUUUUCCAAAAAGCGCUUCGUGGCAUCGAGACCGCAAAUUUUGAGUUUAACAUGAUUACAAAAUGCGGCCGGAAGGUAGACACGCUGCUGAACAUCACGCCACGCUACAAUCACGCUGGGGAGACUAUUGGUGCGGUUUGCAUAGGUCAAGAUGUUACUGAGCGGAUUGUGCAGGAGCAAGAGUACACGCGCCUUAUUGACAAGGCGAACACCCCUAUCGUCGGUGUCGACAAAAAGCUGCGUGUGACGAUUUGGAACAAGAAGGCGGCAACCAUCACUGAUUAUUCGUACGCGCAGGCAAUUGGCAAGGACCUUCUUGGCUUUAUCGCAGAGCAUGCGCGUGACACAGUAUCGAAGGUGCUGUUAAAAGCUAUGGACGGCCUCGAAACCGCAAAUUUUGAGUUUCCGUUGUUGACAAAGGGUGGCCGCCAGCUGGACAUUCUACUCAACACUACACCACGCUUUGAUUGCAGCGGUGACAUUACAGGUGUCGUAGGAAUUGGACAAGACUAUACUGACCAGCGUGCACAGGAAGAAGAGUACAUUCGACUGAUCGAUACAGCCAACGCGCCGAUUUUCGGCAUCGACAUGGAUGGUCGUGUCGACAUUUGGAAUCGCAAGGCUGUGGCCAUUACAGAGUAUACGGUGCUAGAAGCACGGGGGACACGUCUUGUGGAGAGUUUCAUCCCACUUGACCACCGCGCUGGAGUGGCAGACGUAAUGUCGAAAGCCAUGGAUGGAGAAGGCACCGCUAACUUCGAGUUUCCACUGAUCACGAAAACCGGUCGACGCGUCGAUAUUUUGUUGAAUGCUACACCACGUUACAACCAGCAUGGCGACAUUGUGGGUGUUGUCGGAAUCGGCCAGGACAUCACGGAGCGUAUCGUGCAGGAGCAGGAGUAUAGUCGCCUGAUUGACACAGCCAACGCACCGAUUUUUGGAGUCGAUAUGACAGGUCUUGUCAAUAUCUGGAACAACAAGUCUGCGGAGAUCACGCAGUUUACUGCUGAUGAGGUCAUUGGAAAGGACUUGGUGCAAGAAUUUAUAUCGGAGGGCUACCGCUCUGCAGUGGGCUUAGUGCUAUCGCAAGCGCUUAACGGUGUGCAGACUGCGAACUUUAAUUUCCCUCUGAUCACUAAGUCCGGGCGUCGUGUUGAGAUUUUGCUGAACGCCACUCCGCGAUAUAAUGAGCUGGGUGAAAUCGUUGGUGUCGUUAGCAUUGGCCAGGACAUCACGGAGAGAAUUGCUCAGGAGCAAGAGUAUAGUCGACUGAUCGAUACUGCUAAUGCCCCUAUUUUCGGAGUCGACAGUGAAGGUCGUGUAAAUAUUUGGAAUAAGAAAGCUGCUGCGAUUAUGCAGUAUUCUACUGACGAGGUUGUUGGCAAGAACCUCGUGGACAAGUUUAUUACGGAAGACUACCGUGACGCCGUUGGUGCAGUUCUGUCAAAAGCUCUUAGUGGAUUCGAGACAGCGAACUUUGAGUUCCCGCUGGUGACAAAAGCUAAUCGCCGAGUCGAGAUCUUACUCAAUGCCACACCACGAUUUAACGAGCAUGGGACAGUGAUCGGCAUGGUAGGCAUCGGUCAGGACAUCACAGAUCGGAUCGCACAGGAACAGGAAUACGCACGAUUGAUUGAAAAAGCUAAUGCUCCGAUUUUUGGUGUCGAUUCACAAGGUCUGGUCAACAUUUGGAACCACAAGACGGCUGAAAUGACGCAGUUCUCGAAGGAGGAAGCGAUUGGAAAAGACUUGAUGAGCUGGGCUAUUCCGGAAGAGUACCGUGAUGCCACGGAAGCGAUCCUGUGGAAAGCUCUGGAGGGCGAUGAAACGUCAAAUUUUGACGUCGAGCUGAAGAAAAAGAACGGUCGCACCGUGAACAUCCGAAUGAACGCGACUGCAAGGUUUGACCAGCACGGUAAAAUCGUGGGCGUAGUGGGCAUCGGCCAGGACUUGACUGAUCGCAUUGUGCAGGAGCAAGAGUACACACGUCUGAUUGACACGGCCAACGCGCCGAUCUUUGGCGUUGAUGCAAACCUUUGCGUGAACAUCUGGAACAAGAAGGCUGCCCAGAUCACCAAAUACUCUACAGCUGAAGUGAUUGGUGAGAAUUUAGUGGAGACGUUCAUUUCACCGGAGUAUCGGCCGAUAGUGGCGGAUGUGUUUAGCAAAGCUUUGAACGGCAUCCAGACAGCAAACUUUGAAUUUCCAUUGAUCACACGACCGGGUACACGAAUUGAGAUUCUUUUGAAUGCGACUCCGCGAAAUGACAUGCAUGGCAAUAUCGUUGGUGUAGUAGGCAUUGGUCAAGACAUCACCGACCGUAUUGCGCAAGAACACGAAUACUUUCGACUGAUUGAUACGGCGAAUGCUCCGAUCUUCGGUGUUGACACUUUCGGGUGCAUCAACGAGUGGAACCAGAAGAUUGAGGAGAUCACAGGAUUCCACAAGUCGACAGUUCUAGGGCUUUCUUUGGUGGAUGCAUUUAUUAACGCUGAAAACCGAUCGGAAGUGCGUAUGCUGUUGAACCAGGCGUUGAUCGGCAUUGAUGUUGAGGAGAUGGAACUGCCUAUGACGACUGUUGCUGGACGAUCGUUGCUUUUGCUCGUUAACGCCUCUAGUAAGAAGGAUAUGCACGGCAACAUUCGCGGUGUAAUUGGAGUGGGCCAAGACUACACCGCGAAGAAGCAUAUGGAAGCGGCCAAAGUCAACUUCCUGGCUUCCUUUAGUCACGAGCUGAGAACGCCCUUGAAUGGUGUGCUGGGUAUGCUCGAAUUGCUGCGCGACCAAAAGCUGGAUAAGACAUCUGAGCGUUACGUGCAUAUUGCAUACAUUUCUGGGUCACUGCUGCUGAACCUGAUCAACGACAUUCUUGACUUGUCAAAAAUUGAAGCGGGCCAUAUGGAAAUUUCAGCAGACCCAUUCGAGAUGGAGGACCUGCUCGAGUACUCGAUGGCAAUAUUUAAGUUCAAGGCUCGUGAGAAGCAUAUCAUGCUUACGCUGGAAUGCUCUCCUAAGGUCCCGAAGCGCGUGAUCGGUGAUGUGAGUCGACUUCGGCAGGUAGUGCUGAACCUGCUUUCGAAUGCCAUCAAAUUCACGAACGAGGGAUCGAUUACAGUUCGUUGCAAUAUGGUUCCAUCACCGGACCUCCCGAAGGAUUGCGUGAAGCUAUUGUUUCAGGUCAUCGACACUGGUGUCGGUAUGGAUGACGAGGAAAAGUCACGGCUGUUUUCGCUCUUCACAAAGCUUGAGCGUACACGAAAGAACAAUCCUACGGGCUCUGGAUUGGGUCUUGCAAUCUGCAAACAGCUCGUGGAGCUUAUGGACGGUGACAUUGACGUCGACAGUGAGCUGGGCGAGGGGUCAGAUUUCUUUUUCACGGUUGUCGUGCGUCGACUUGAUGAAGACGAUCUUGUCCAGAAGUUGCCGACGGCCUUGGCUGCUGAUACGACCGCUGCACUCUCUUCUGGAAGGCAUAACGCGUCAUCGUUGGAGUUGGUGCCUGAACACGCUUGCAUUCUGGUAGUGGAAGACAAUGAGUUUAAUUGGGAAGUCGUCAAGAGUUUCUUUAUGGAGGACAAUCACCUUCUACAAUGGGAGACAAAUGGGUUGGAUGCUUAUCAGAUGUACCAGGACCACCACGAUUCGUACGAUAUUGUGCUCAUGGAUUGCGAAAUGCCGAUUAUGAAUGGGUACGAUUCUACUCGAAACAUUCGUAUCUUUGAGAAGCAACACGACCUUCCUCGUAUCCCUAUCAUUGGUGUCACAGCGUACGCUAUGAGUGGUGAUCGGAAAAAGUGUCUUGACGCUGGAAUGGAUGAGUUUAUCGUCAAACCCGUUUCAAAAACUGAGCUGCGAAAGGCUAUUCGGAAGUGGAUGCGCGUGCGUUACCUGGACCAGAAUUGCACUCGAUCACGCGUAGAGUCCUUGGACACUGGUGGUACUGAUGCUUUGUGCAGCCAAAACGCCGUCAACUUGGUGGCAGCGUCCAGACACGAAGAAAAGCUCGAUCUGGACCGGGCCAUCUCAGACCUAGAACUCGAAGAUCCGAUGAUGAUCGGCCAGGCUGGUGGAAUCCAGACCGUUGCAGGUUCGGAGGCGCUGCUGAUGUCGCUCACUACCAUCAGUGAGAGCAAGAGCAACCAGUCAGCGAGUUCGGGAACUCUUGGGUACACGAUCGGGCCACUAGAUGGUCAAACGACGACCGUCGUGUUGCCGAACCUGACGGAAGAAUCGAUUAAGCCAUUGGUGACACGUCCUGGGACUCUCAUGAAUGCUUCGAGUAUUGUUGGUAUGAACAUGUUUGCUGCAGCGAAAGCGGCUGGAAUCUAUCCAAUGGACGCAACUGAAGCUGUGCCUCAGUCGUCGUCAUCAGACGCCAGCAGUGAUCAGCAAGAUGCCGGAGAAAGCGUUGUUAGCUCGACGAUCGUCGUGAGCAAAGUUGCACGGGCGUACUCUACACCAAUGGCCCCUGAAGAUGUCGUGAUACCAGUUGGUGAUCCGAUCGAUUACUCGUUGGGUGUUGAGCAAUGUGGUGCGAGCGAAAGUCUGUUUGUGAGUCUUCUCGAGAAGUACGCAGGAUUGAGUGAGGAGUUUAUGAAACGUAUCGAAGACGCUUAUUUCGCGGGCGACUUUGUAGUGCUGCGACGCGAAAGCCACUCGCUCAAGGGAUCAUCAGCAUAUGCGGCAGCGAUGCGGGUAUCGAAGGCAGCAUUUCGUGUACAACUAGCGGCUGAGCAUGUCAUGGAAGAGACCGCUACGGAGAAGAGUCAUACUUCGUUGAAGGAUGCGCUUCAACUUCUGAAGAGUGAGCAUCGCGCAUUGCGUGGCUAUCUUCGACGGAACUUCUCUUUUCGCACGAGUGUAAGUGGUGGAAGUCAGGAAUUGAAGAAGAAUGGUGCCGUAGCAGGAGGAGACAACGCCUGUGUUGUCAUGUGA